AUGUCUCAGAUUCCAGCAAAACGUAUUAAACUUGAGUCAAAUGUUGUACAAACGAUGUGCAAAAAAGUACGACAAGUACAACAACAAGUUGUGCAUUCUGGACAAUUUAUGAAAUCAGAUGUACACGAUACAUGCGAUGAAUCUUUCUACGAUGUACCUUGUCCAAGUCCCAUUCCAGUUACUAGUAUCGAGUCAAUGUCAACUGAUGGGUUGCCGCCCACUGAAACAUCUCAAGAAACAGAUGUGAAGAAGGCUGAAAUGUUUACCAAUUUACUUCCGUUAUUUCGUCUUAUUAAUUCAGUGUAUCGUUCAAAUCUAACUUCGCCCAAAUGGAAAAAUUUUAAAGGUUCAAAAUUGUUAUGUCAAGAUAAAAUUCGUUUGAAUAAUAUUAUUUGGCGAACAUGGCAUCAACAAUAUAAAUGUAGUAUGAAAACAUUUGUCUGUCAGUUCGUUAGUCCAUUAGAUACAACGUCCAGAAAUAUAACGAAUCAAUUUACACCGCAAUCCAAACAAUCGAUGUUCAACAAUUUAAAAGAAGAGUAUUUCAAAUGGAGACAAAAUUCAAAAACAACAUUAAGACGUUUAGAAAAUGAUAUUUCGAGUGAUGAAAUGAAACGUUUAUUAGGUAAAGUUAGCGAAACUCAUCAACCAAAAUUAAUACCAAACUUUCGUCGCAUUGCCACGCCGCCACCACAACCGUUUGACUUUUUCUUUGAUGAAUUGGAUUUAAUUGACGAUACCAUCUUUUCUACUACAAUGGGAUUCAAUGAUAGAGAUUCUGGCUUAGGUGGAAAUCCUGAUUUGUAUCAGCCUGCAAUGGGUCAAAUGCAGAUGACAACAAAUUUUGAUUUUUCUCUGCUUGAUGGUUUUGAUGGACAAUUUUCAAACGAUCCAUUUAGUUUUAUUAAUAAUUCAAAGGAUAAUUUAUCAUUAAAUCAUUAUUCACAUUCACCAUACACUUCCACAUAUGAUGUGAACAUGCAAACAGAUCAUGAUUUAACCAAUUUCCAAACACUUGCAACAGUUGCUGCUCAACGACAACCACUUUCUUCCGUUACGACUUCUGAUCGAUCACGAUUAAUGUUACAACAAAAAAAUAUAUUAAAUCAGAAUACAUUGGUUAAUAAUACGACUAGUGGUGUGAAUUCGGGUUUGCCAAUCGAUAACACGUUAAACUCCAUAGGCAUGUACGAUAGUAAUUACCAAUCGCUUACUCCUCAUCAGACUUAUAAUUCCUAUUUGUCUGUACCAUCAUCAAAACGAAUGAAUAAAUCUGUUGUUGAUGAUAAUAUUGAUCAGUUGUCGGUUAUUCCACCGAUUAGAAAUUUACAAAUGCCCACAAAUGUUGCAUUAAAUUCUCAAUUAGUUCAAACUCAACAAUCUAAACCUCAAACUUCAGCAGGAUUUACUGUUUCUUCUUCAAAUGGUAUUCAACAAUUGCAUCAUGGUAAUGAUACUGUUUCAUUUCCAACAAGAAAAAUUCCGUCUUCCACACUCGUUGAUCUUCUUCAUCAAAAACGUCCAACACCAGCUAAUUCCAAUGCGUCACUUUUACAAACAAGAGAAGUAAAAAUUAAUAACAAUACAAAAUCUCGAAAAACGCUAGCAAAAGUAACAAAUAUGAAACGAUUAUCAGUAGUUAGUGACAAAAAUGUUGUUAGCAGUACACAGUAUCAUUCGACAUCUAUAAAUCAAAUUGAUGAAAAGAAAUUGAACAGUAAAUCACGAUCAUUAUCGCAAGAAAUACCAUCUCCAGUCAAUAAUAAUAAUGAUCAUCCGAUGACUAUAACAUUAACAUCAACAGCAAUGAAAAACAACAAUAACGAUGGUACAUUUUUAAACAAUCAAGAAUGCUCGCUUGAUUCAUCCCCAUCAUCGACAUGUUCAAGUUUAGCUUAUCAAAAUGCUGAACAAAAGCGAAGAUGUAACAUAAAGUACGGAUUUGAUUCGCUCAAAACAAUGAUACCCACACUUGGUGAUCCAUCAAAUGCAAAAAUAAGCAAAGCACAAAUGCUUGAAUCUACUGCUAAUCAUAUUACACAAGUAUCUAAAGUCAACGAUAAAAUGCAGGAAGAAGUCACUAGUCUUCAACGGGAAAUCGUUCAUUUACAAUCUCAAAUAACACAAUAUCAAGCUAGUUUACCCGAUGAUGGUAUACCUUUAGUAUCGCCUAGUCGUUCACGUGAAGCAUGUUUUCAAUUAUUAAAUUCAUAUAUAAGUGAACGUACAAGAAAAAAUUGGCAUUUUUAUCCGUUUUCAUUAAUAUUAAAACCACUCUUUGAAUCGUUUUAUUCAACAAUAAUAUGUGAUUCUCGCGAAGAUUUUAAUAAAACAAUAAAUGAUUGGAAAAAUAAUCAUUUAAGUUUAGCACAAUUACGUACAGCUGCCAGAAAUGCUCUCUUGGAAAUGAGUCGAACAACAUCAAUGAUUUCAGCUCCUGAACGUGUACCAGAUGAAUGUAUACGUUUAGCAAAUGAUAUAAAAUAA